AUGGAGGUCGGCUCUUCUUUGAGCGCACAAAUGCAACCCUCGCCUGGCACUAAUGCUCCCCCACUCGAGCCAGAGUACAUCGAAGCGGCGCAUGAAACGACCGUUGAUCGCCGCGAGACGCCACCGCUGGAAAUCGACCUGGAUUAUUCUGACAACGGAGAUGGCGCUGAGAAAGGCGGUUCUGAUGAUGCUAACGGCACCGAUUUGCCGCCAAAACUCGCCGAAUCUAAAUGGGAUGAUCGCGCAUUUGAGCAAGAACCACUUUUGGCAAGCUUUAAAAAUGGUUUGAUGAAUGUGUUUAGCCUCGAUAUCUACCAAUGCUCCCAUUGCCCGUACACAUCCGGCAAUCGUGGCACCAUCAGGCAGCAUGGCACCAGGACCCACGGAAAUUCCGAGGUCGUUCUUGCCCUGUCGACGGCCCAAAUCGAAGAUUUUAAGGCACUGGCCUUGCGCGCUUGCCCAGAAGACGCUGAUCGGCUCUACAUCUACUUGACUGGCCCGCAACCGGUGAUCAAGAAGCGUGUCACUGCCGAGGGAUCUCAGAAGCAAAAACAUAGACAGCGGGCUCCGCCUAAGGCGUUUCCGGUUGUGCCCAAGGUCGUGGCCCCUAUCGGAACCGAGGACUUUCUCGUCGCUCAGCAGAGGAUUUACGAUCAAUACCUCCGCUUGAAGAGCGUUGGAACUUCGAUUUCGGACACUGAGACUGUUCUGCUGCGUUCGGUACUCGAAGCCAUUCAAGAGCACCAACGCGUCGUUCGCGAAAAAGAUGCCCAGGAGUUGACAAAAUUGCGCUCUCACCUCAGCACGGCUCAGUUUCAAUUGCGUGUGGACCAGCGUGCGAAUUUUGGACUUGGACUGGCAACCUUC